AUGGAUUAGAAUAAUAGUUUAUAACCUGGUUUGAUUAUUGAUUAAAGAUUCAAAUUAUUAAAGAAAAUUGACAGUGGAAGUUUUGGAAUAGUUUAUCUAACAUUUGAUUUGGAUGAAAAAGAAUAUUGUGCAACUAAAUUUGAGAAUCGCAAUUUAUAAUUAAGAAUGAUGAAUAGAGAAAUAUUAAUAUUGAAACAAAUCAAAGGAAUUAAUGGUAUAUUGAUUUUGAUAAUAUUAUUUUUAUUUUAGGAUUUCCAGACAUAAUUCAUAAUGGGAAAGAUAGAUAAUACUCUUAUUAUAUGAGUACAUUAUUAGGUGAGAAUCUUGAGGUUCUAUUAAAAAGAUGUGGAGGUAAAUUUUCUCUUCAAACUACAUUAUAAUUAGCAAUCCAAUUAAUUGAUCGUUUAGAAGGUUAUGUAUAAUUUAUAACAUUUAGUUUUUCAUAGCAUGAAUUUUAUACAUAGAGACAUCAAACCUGAAAAUUUUCUAAUAUCCAAAGAAGAUACAUCCUUAGUUCAUUUGAUUGAUUUUGGUUUAUCUAAAUAUUAUAGAGUGGCAGAUGGAAAACAUAUUGAAUUUUCUUAGAAAACAGGAAUUAUAGGAACUGCUCGUUAUGCUAGUAUUAAUACAUUAUAAUGUAUUAAUAAUUUUAUUAUUCAGGGAUGGAACAAUCAAGAAGAGAUGAUUUAGAAAGUUUGGGUUAUAUGUUAAUUUAUUUUGUAAAAGGAGAGUUACCAUGGUCUAAUGUCAAAGCAUGUAAUAAAGAAGAUAAGUAUGAUCAAAUAUUAUAAGUAAAAAUGAGUAUUCCACUUAUGUAACUUUGUUUGAAUUUACCAAAAGUAUUAAUUUAAUAUUUUAUUUCAAGUGUUUCAUCCAUUAUUUCUAACAUGUUAAAUCAUUACUAUUUUAAUAAUAACCAAAUUAUUCUCAUUUAAGAAAUUUAUUUGAAAAAUAACUCUAAGAUUAUGAUCAUCAACUUUAUGAUUGGGAACUAAAAUAAAUGGAAAAGUAAACAUAAGAUAUUCUUAUUGAUCCUAAUUCCAUUCCAAAUAUUAGAUUAUAAUCUGAAAUUGAUUUAGUUCCUCCUGUUGAUGAAGAAGGAGAGGCUUUUCACUUAAAAUAAGAGAAUUAACACAAUGUUAAAUUUAUGAAAUAAUUACAUGAAAAAUAUUUUGAUCAUAAUACUUUUAAAUAAUAGGAUGAAUAUUAAUUGUAAAAAAACACUUCCAUUGAACCUAAAAGUUAAGCUACAAGCAAAUAAAAUAAUUAUUAAAUUAGUAAUCACACUUUAAUUUAAGUAGAAUCAUAACCAUAUAUACAGAACAAUAAUAAUUAAUUCACUAAAAGAAAAGAUUCAAAAUCUUAUACUUCUUUUAAACAAAGUUAAGAACAUAAAGAAAAUAGAAAAUUUCGAUAAUCUAAUGAUGAUUAUGAUUUGGAUAUGGCUAAUGAUGAUGGACCUAACUUAGACUUAAAAAAUCUCGAAGUUAAUUACUUUUUAAAAUGA